AUGAAGGAAACUGAAAUUUCCCGCCCGCUCGCCAUCUUGGUCAGUUCUGCGGCCGAGAUUGAGAUCCCCUUCUCCUGUUUAGAGAAUGAUUAA